AUUGGUGAGAAGUGUGGUCAUGGAAACAUAUAAAGUGCACAUUUAUUUUGUGUGGCUGAUGCUUAUCACGGCGAAAGUUCGAGGUGGCGAUCAAAUUGUGAACGAAAAAGCAAUAUCCGAAUUUGCGUAUGAACUAUUGGAAACCAGAUUGGCAAAUAUUCAGUACACACUGGACCAGAUGGAGGCCAACAGGAAGCAUGAUCGUGUGUUGCUGGAAAGGUUUAUAAAUCAGUGCAAUCAAACAAUGGCUGAUGACCUCAUCGCGUUGCUGAGGAAGUCGAAUGAAAUGCUCAUUGAGCAAAUAACCAAAGUUAAUCACGAUCAAAUGAGGAAGGAGUUUCAAGUUCUUGCAUCCAAGGAAGAUCUUGCUUUGCUGACGCUGAAUCCGGGCUUAUAUUUUCGGAGUAUAUCGGCUCGAUCGUGCAAGGAGGAACCAUCGAAUCAAACAGGAGAGUACUUGAUACAACCAACCGCAAACGACAAACCAUUCCUGGGAUACUGCGAUCAAACAACUCUCGGAGGAGGCUGGCUUGUGUUUCAGUAUCGGUACGACGGAUCAGUGGACUUUUGGCGCAACUGGGAUGAGUAUCGGAACGGGUUUGGAAGCAUGGAUGAAGAGUUCUGGCUCGGAUUGGAGCAGCUGCACCGGAUUACUACAGCACGAAAGCAUGAGCUGCUGGUGGAGCUGAAAGAUUUCGAUGGAAAGUACAUUUAUGCACGGUAUGAUGAGUUCGAGAUCGGGAGUGAAGAGCAGCAAUAUACGUUAAAGAAGCUAGGAUCGUACAGUGGAAGCGCAGGAGAUUCAUUAAGUCAUCACCUUGGCAUGAAAUUCUCAACCAAGGAUCGGGAAAAUGAUGUUCACCCCAAGCACAACUGUGCUACCCUGUACAAAGGAGCAUGGUGGUAUAGAGCGUGUGAACAUUCAAAUCUCAAUGGGAUAUAUGAAAAUGCAAAGAAUGAAAGAUCCAUCGGUUGGUACUAUUAUAAAUAUUCCUGGCAGGGUUUUGCAUACUCCAGAAUGUCGAUUCGCGAAGUAUAAUAACUGUGGCAUGUGAUUGAAGCUUCUGGAGCAAAGGGUUUUCCAAUAUUUUUUCAUUUAUUUUUUUUCGAUGAACAGUCCUGUUGUCCGAUGAAGCCGUUAAAACCCGAUCAACUCAUUUUCCAGCUCAUUAUCAAAUUCAUUCCACUUGAUACUUUAUUCUAGUUUGUUCAAAGACUCAUUUUCAUUUAAAAACACCUAAAAAAAAUAAUCAAUAAAUAAUCACAAGAAUUAUAAUCAAAUCAAUUUAUUAAAAAAUAAAACAAACAAGUCUAACAAAUAAGAAAAAAAAAUAACACAGGCAAUGAAUCUGCCCAGGGAGCAUGGCGGUUCAAAGGGUUUCUUCAAUCCAAUCUGAAUGGAGGGCAUGGCAAUAUAAAUAAACGAAAAUAUAUUACCUGGCACAUUUACGAUUGUUCC